CGGCUCUCUCUCUAUGAAACACUGGUCAGUGCAAAGCAAAAGCCUUGAUUUGCAGAGAGAAGUAUCGAGAGACAGAGAUGAGCAUUCGACCGUUGGAUUCACUACCACCAACAGAAACCCUAGAGAUAGAGAACGGCCUCUCGCUCGUCCCGCGCGUGAGGCUCGACCUCACGGUCUACCCGGCGAGCCCCUCCGUGACGAAGCCCAUCGACGAAUGGAAGCUCAAGCGAACCCUAAUCGACUUCCUCAAGAACUCGCUCUUCGUUCCCGAGGAGGACCUCCGGAUCCGGCGGGUCAAGGACCUCAAGAACCGCAAGCGCGACGAUCCUCUCGCGCUCGGCACGCUCUUCAUUCGCGACCUGGGCUCCCUCGCGGGGACCAAAGGGGAGAAGAACGACGGAGAGGACGCGAAGAAGGCCUUGGAGGAGUUCUUUGAUUGGCGAAGGCGCAUUGUCGAGAAAAUGGAUGGAAUUGAGCUCAACAUCGAGGGGUUGAAGUUCAGGCUAAAGGCCGCCGUUCCGGCGUCCGAUGAUUUCGACGGCAUGAAGAAGGAUUGGGAGGAGUUUUACGCUUUGAGGAAUCGAGGGUAUUCGAAGAGUGGGAGGCACGAGCCUGAUACUAUAGUGAUAAGGGGCGUUCCGUCGCGGUGGUUUGCGGAGCCUCGGGUUUCGUCGAAGCCUUCAAUGCUGGUUACUCAUACAAUCUUUUCAACAUUUGGAAGAAUAAGGCAUGUGUUAGGAACCCGAAAAUCUGAGCUUUAGAGCUUUAUUAAAAAUGGAAAAUUAUAUA